UAAAUUUACAAAUUCCCAUCUCAAAUUUAAUUGUCUCCUCAAAUUGAAAAUUGACCAAAGCCCACAGCAAAGAGAGGCGAAUAAAUAAAAUUGAAAUUGUUUUUCAAUUUUCAUUUUGUUACUGUGACAAAGUGCAAUAAAUCAAUAUCAUGCAUUUUCCAAUUGCAUUGACUGAGGAAGAAGAAAUCCUUAAACAAACACUUGCAAGGCUUAAGAAAAAGAAAAAACAACUGCAAUCCUUGAAAUCUGCUGCAAAUUCUCAAGAGAAAGAAACUACCCUGAACAAAUCUGCUAGCAAACCUGUACCCGCACCAUCCAUUGAUGCAGCUGAUAAAGCAACAGAGCAAGCCAAAAAAUUGGUCCAAUCAGGGGCUAUCAAAGUCCAAAGUCAAAAAGAAAAGUUUGGAUUUAAACGUUCAAAGAAUUUUGAGAAAAAAAAAGAUAAUGAUAAGCCCACAGGUCUUGUCACUUUCCAGCCUUUCAAUUCAUUUAGCGCAGAUGAAGAAGUUGACAAGCCACAGCCACCCAAAAGGUUCAAGAGCCUCAAUGACAGUUUUGUGUCUGGAGGAUACUCUGGUAGAAACCACGAUAACCCAAAACGAGAUCCGCCAGAGGCACCAAAGAAGGGAAACACUGUCUACGUUAAUGGCAUCGGCAUCACAGAGGAUAUGAUCAGAAAAUCUUUUUCACACUAUGGAAAUAUAAUCAACAUCAACAUGGAGCUAGAGAAACACAAUGCUUUUGUGACUUUUGAUAAAAUGGAGGCAGCAGAACAAGCGAUUGCCAAUACUGCUGGCAGUAUGAUAAACAACAUACAACUGAGAGUCCAAAUGGCUAGAAGACAGCCUUCAAUAGAGGCUCUGGUUGAAGGUUCCUCGCAGUCAUCCUGGGGUAGCAUUGCUGCCAGUAGUUCACAAAAAGGUACCAACCACAAAGACACAAGGCAAAUGAUUAACUAUGAGAAUGAUAUGUUCUGAAUAAUUCCAAUCAUGCCCUGCUCAGUAUUCAUCAGCCUACAGACCUUUGAAUGAUGACAACUUUUUACUGAAAAAUUGAACCUGAAAGACCGUUUUCUCCUUUGAUGAAAAUGAAUUGUAGUUAU